AUGCUGCCUCCUACAAUGGAUCGUCGUGGUACAAUCGUAAUAUUCACGGUAGUAUGCAUGGCUUCUUGCGCGGUGGGUGCGACGAGUAUUUUCAACGUCAUGAGUUUUGGUGCAGUUGGUGACGGAAGAACCGAUGAUUCACAAGCAUUUUUGAGUGCAUGGAGGGGAGCAUGUGAUGGGAGGGCUAGAGGAACAACGCCAGCUGUAUAUGUACCCCCAAACAAAACCUUCCUUUUGAACCCGUUGACUUUCAACGGUCCAUGCCGAACUCGUAUGUAUUUUCUGAUUUCUGGAACUAUUAUAGCACCAAUUAAAACAAGUUCAGCAUGGAUGGGAAAACAGAGACACGUGUGGAUGUUAUUCUCUAAUGUCAACGGUCUGAUUGUCAAAGGCAAAGGAGUGAUCAACGGUCAGGGUUCAUCCUGGUGGCCUAAGACCCUUUGCUUUGAUGAUCCAGCUAAUGGACAAUUCUGCAAGGGCCCAACUGGAAUGAUAUUUCGGAGAUGUAACGGGCUUCGAUUAGAUGGAUUUACGAAAAUUAACGGGCCCGGAAGCCAUAUGUUGAUUAUGUCGAGUAAUGACGUUGUCGUCUCUAAUCUCCGAGUAAUCGCACCGGGGGAUAGCCCUAAUACUGAUGGAAUUGGCAUUUCUGGCUCAACAAAAGUGCAAGUUAGAAAUUCUUUCAUUGCAACAGGUGAUGACUGCAUUGCUAUUAGUGCGGGCUCUUCUAAUGUUGAUAUUAGUGGAAUAACAUGCGGGCCGGGCCAUGGUAUCAGCAUCGGAUCACUGGGGAGCGGAGGAUUCGACGCUGUCGAAAACGUACGUGUUCGUAACUGUACACUGAAGGAAACAAUCACUGGAGUAAGGAUAAAGACGAUACAGGGAGGAAAAGGGUAUGCAAGAAAUAUAUCAUUUGAAGGAAUAAAGUUUGUAGCAGUUGAUAAUCCAAUUCAAAUUGAACAAUUUUAUUGCCCUCUUAAGAAAAACUGCCCAACUGAUACGUCAUCAUCUGUUGCAAUAAGUGACAUAUCGUUUAUUGCAAUAAGUGGUACAUCAAUUGCAGAAAAUGGAGUAUUGGAAUAUUUUAUGAUUUUAUUAACAGUUCUGGAAUUAAGCAAUAGAAACGGGCCCCACGCAACCGCAUCCCCACCGUAUCAGUACGGGUCGUCGGUGUUUCCAUCACCGUCACCGUCACUGUCACUGUUUCUGUCACCGUCACCUUCACCGUCACCACUGCCGCCGCCCCCUCAAUGGACAUUCGAUGUCAUGAAGUUCGGUGCUGUCGGAGAUGGAAAAACCGAUGAUUCUACAGCUUUUGAAUUGACAUGGAAAGCAGCUUGCAAGGGUAUUUCAGACAAUGGUGUUAAAAUAAGUGUACCUAUUGGCAAAAAAUUCUUGGUGUCUCCUAUCAAGUUCGAAGGUCCAUGUUUAUGCCCCAACAUUACAUUUGAGAUACUAGGAAGCAUUAUUGCACAACCAAAAUCAGCAUGGAAAAAUAAGAGAUCAAGUGAAUGGAUAAUGUUUAAUAGAGUUGAAAAGCUUAACGUUGUUGGUAAUGAAGAAGGAUUAAUUGAUGGCCAAGGAGAGUCUUGGUGGCUAGAGGUAUAUACCCUCUCGAUUUUUCGUUCAUCUCGUCACCCGUCUUGA